AUGGCGCUGCCCUGGGGCGCGCAAGCCGCCCACCACAAGGCUUCAAUUACCGAGGGUCUGCGGAUCGUUCGGAAAAUUGUGUCUCAGGAUGCAACAAAGGCAGCACUCACGACCAAAGACAUUUUUAAACUGGCAACAAAAGAGAAGCCGUCAGAGGAGUUCGUACUGUCUGUUGGCUCGGGGAAGAAUGCACCUUGGCUAGCAGGCAAUCUUCCGCGCCCACCUGGGCGUAGUCUUCCUCCAGGUCCACCGCGUCCUCAGCAUCCCAUUCGGUCACUAUCUUUUCUCAAACACCACAUAUUACCCAUAAUCCAGUCCGACAAAGCUAUCCGCCACGUACGCGAAACUCGUGGCUCGUACCUCACGCAAGGCCGAACCACGAGUGCACUUACUGAGAAGAAAUCCCAGUCGGCGGCUGAGCGCAAAUUGAUCUGGCUCUGGCGCGCUUCUCGACCACCGAAAGUCGUCUACCCGCGUCGUGAGCGUUCGGCUUACGUGUACGACUACUCGCACAUGAAACCCGCGAAGCAAAGAGCGCAUAGAGGGUAUCACGCGUUUAUUGCGAAACGGAAUGCUCUUCGGGAACGGACAGCAGCGAGAGAAAAGGCAGAGAAAUGGGAGAAAGAGGCACCGAUGAGGGCCGAGAUGAAAAAAGAGUCGCGGGCGAGACAUCUGGCGGAAGUCGCGGCAGGAAAGGUAAAGAGGGCUGAAAGGAAAAGGAGGUGGGAAGCGCAGAAUCCGGUGUUGGCCCAGGCGGUGGCUCGGAAGACCAUGCUAGAAGAGAGGGCAAAAGCCAAAGGCAGGUCAACCCCGGAGAAAAACGCCAAGCCGUUACGAAUAAAGCAAACUGUCUAA